CCCCUCCCCUCCCCUUGGCGCCCUUGCAGCAGCCACCAUCCCCGCCGCUGAGUUCGAAGCCUCGUUAUGUCCUGGUGUGUUUCCGGCGAAAUAAUCUCACGGUGGCCGGAGGCGAUUUCCUUGUGCAAUCGGGACAGGAAGGAGCUCGAUUUGGGUUUGUUUUCCAAGCGGACUCGAAAAGGAGUAACUUUUAUUGGUCUCUCUGUUGACAAGUUGUAAUCCGGGCCAGGAUCCUUCUCCCGGCCCUCUCCUUUAAAAUCCUCCCGUUUGCCGUUUGGAGGCGAUAAGUCUGCUCUGUUGCGCGGAGCUAAAUAAGUAGAGGAGAGGGAGGAGGACAAGUACAAUUAGGCACCACAUCAAUAAGGAAGGAGCUUUUUUUCAUCCGGCCAGCCAUCACCAUGAAGAACAGGAAUGGCCGCCGCUGCCGCAGCCGCAAUAAAGCAACUUGCGAUGAAGCCCCCGCUGGCAGCGGAGACAGGAUUAGCAAGCUGCCCAGUGACAUUCUGCUCAACAUACUGGAGAGGUUGGACACCCUCGAUGCCAUAAGGGCCUGCAUCCUCUCCAAGCAGAUGCUCAAGCUCCCCACUUUACUCUCGCAGCUUGUCAUAAACAUUGGUUCCAUCGGGCGUCACCUUGAUGAAUCGUAUGAUUUCGGCAUUCGUGAUAUGGUCCGGAUCAACUGCGCCGUGGCGGAUGUAACAGAGAAGAUAAUGGUUGCGAGGGACAAGGAAAUCCCAAUCCGCAAACUGACCGUGAGAUUCUACCUGAUGCGUUACAACUGUUUGUCCAUCGGCACAUCCGUCGCCGGCGCCAUGGCGACCCAGAAGGUUGAGGCGGCCGAGUUUGAGAUCCUGACGGAGAAGGCUGGUGUGAAUUGCACCCCUGGCGAUUUCCUCGGCUUUGCCAAGCAGUUCAAUAUCUUCCUUGGUGCUUGUCCACAUGCAUUUGCCGGCCUCACACGGCUGCGGUUGCACUGUAUGAGGUUUGGUGAGCCGGACAUACCCAACAUCCUGACCAUUUGCAAGUGGCUGCAGUCUUUGCGUCUCUCCUACUGCGACGCAGGGAUCGGUUCCGUGCUGCAGGUGGAGCAUGCUCGACUCGUCGAGUUGGCGAUUGACUAUGGACGUUUUGAGACGGUCGAGCUAAGCUGUGCACCGAAACUCGAAAGGAUGAGCUAUAAUAAUUGGAACUCUGACGGAGAUCCCCUGUCUUUCGGCUUUGUCCCGCGGCUCUCAAAGCUAGAUCUCACCAAGGUUGGAACUCGUUCCCACAAAACCCUCGAGCUAGGCCAGCUCCUUGCUAAUGCCCCCAACAUAAGCGAUCUGCAUCUGGAUUUUGAAAGCGAAAAGAUUUGGAUUCUACCAGAACGUCCGAUACUGCUCACGCCUCUUCUCGGCAAACUACGGGUUGUGAAUCUGGACAAUCUUCCUGAAGGAUGUGAAAUUGCUUGGACAAUGUUCAUUCUUGAAGCUGCACCCUUCCUGGAGGACCUGUGCAUCACAGUAUGGGAUCACUGGUGCAACAUGUUAACUGACAAGAAGCUACGGAAGGCACAUGGCUAUUGCGAGAAAGAAAAUGUGGAGUGGAAACCAUCUGUUUCCGGCUUCAAGCAUAAAAAUCUGGCUAAGCUCACCAUCUACGGCUUCCAACCCGACUUUAACUUCAUCGGAUACAUCAAUCGUAUCGUCAAAGCUGCCGUGAACUUGAAGGAAAUAUCUCUGCAUGACAGGAAGUUAUGUAAUAGCUGCGGGAACUUGGAUCCCAAGAUCAAGGUUAGUCCGUCAAAGUAUCCACGGACUCAGGAGGAGAGGGAGCAUAUUACAGAGGUGUUGAGUCUGGCUUCAUCUGAGAUGGUUUUCUUCUGGUCCUAA